ACUCAGACGACUUAGAAUCUUUAGACAAAGACCAAGAGUCAGUAUACCAAGCAUCUGAAUAUUCAGAAUCAAUACAGACAGCACCAGACUAUAGCACACUAUUUGAAAGGUCAGAGGAAAACUCAGAUACAACAGAAACCUAUAGCGAUACGGUAUCAGAAAAAUCAGGGAUGGACUCAUCAUCAAAGCAACCCCAAAUAAAAACUGAAAUCUCAUCAAUUGGAGCUCAGUAUGUGCUUAGUGACCUAGGAGGGGUCACUGAAUUCGAACUAGAAGACAAAAGGUUCAGGAAAGAUUUCGAUGGGGGAUGGCACUGUAAAGACUCAAAAAUUUCACUUUUUCUGAAAGAUGGGGAGGAUAAGUUAGUUAUACCAGUAAAGUCAUUAUAUACAGGAAAAGGUAAGGAUAAGGAAGAGUUCAAGGAUGAUAAAGACGAGUUUGAUGAAGAAGAAAUGAAGAUACUUCUUGCAAAGAAGACUGAUGACUUGUCCGAGGAGGAACAAGAGAAAGUAGCAAGCUAUCAAAAACAUUACAUACUGGAGACUCAGAAAAAGUUGGUAGAGCUAACCCAAGCACAUGACCGAAGAGAAAGAGAGCUAGCUAAACAAAAAAACAAAGGUAUAUUUGAUACAGUAGCAGAAUACCUGGAAAAGAAUCAGACUGGUCCAGAUGAUUAUAAAUUAGAAAUUAACUUAGAUAACAUUUUUACAUCAGCAGGAUUAGGGGGAAAAGAAGUUAAGUGGGCAGAAUUUCCAAAAUUCGGAGGAGGGGAAGAUGAUCCAUAUGAAUGGCUUGACCAAUAUGAAGCUGCUUGUGAAGUGAAUGGAGUAAAGAGUAACAGAAUGUUAGACUUAUUAUCAGCAAGUUUAGAAGGACCAGCUUUGUCGUGGUGGAGAUCUGCUAGAAAAACUGUAAUAACAUGGGAAGCAUGGAAAUCAGAGUACAAGCGUAAAAGAUCAUUCAAAUACCAAUUCUUAACCAGAUUCUGUGGACCUGAAAGACAACAGAGAUGGAUGGAAGAACUUCGGAAUUGUAAGCAAAGACCAGGAGAAACAGUCAGUGAAUAUUAUGGUAAAUUACAAACCUUGUAUAGAAAGGCAGACCCAGCUAAACAAUACCCAGAAAGAGAUAACUAUCAACAAUUCUUGAAAGGUCUAAGAAGUGAAUUACGAACAGCAGUAAGACUAGCAGCUGCAUCCAACCUUAGAGAAGCUGUGGAAAGAGCAAAGGCUGCAGAAGCUGCUUAUUCCAUGGAUGGAUCUUUGGCAGGAUACUCGUUGGUAAAGAAACAUGAUGAGGAGCUCCACAAAGAACUUAAAGAACUGAAAGAGCUUUUAACAAA